AUGACGGGAGUUGAAGACCCGGCUCCAUUAGGGUCUAUUGGGCCGCCGGGCAUGACGGGAGCUUUCCAGCGGCUGCUCUGGGAAGGUGGGCAGUGCAAGUGCCGCAACAAGGCCAGGCCGCCCCCCCCUCCCCCGCACCGCCUGCGGGCCCUGGCGCGCUCCUGGCUGGACGAGGACGCGCCCUGGCCCGACCCCACCGUGGCGCCGCUGGGGAACCCCGAGAUCCGCGCCCACAUCCUUGUCAAAAACCCCGAAACCCCCGCAUUUAACCCCAAAACCGCCGGAUUUAACCCCGAAACCCCCGCAUUUAACCCCAAAACCCCCCCGUUUUUCGGGGUGCUGGCCGGCUGCCCGUUCGCCGAGGCGGUUUUCGCGGUGUCAGGCUGCUCCGUGCUCUGGAAGGUUCCCGAAGGUUCCUGGCUGGGCCCGGGCCGGGCGCUGCUGGCCGAGGUUCGCGGCCCCGUUUCCGGGCUGCUCCUGGCCGAGCGCACGGCCCUCAACGUCCUGGGCCGCUGCAGCGGCGUGGCCUCCAUGGCCGCCCGGGCCCGGGGCGUCGCCGAGAGCCGAAACUGGGGAGGGGUCGUGGCGGGGACGCGCAAGUGCACGCCCGGCUUCAGGGCGGCCGAGAAGUACGCGCUGGGCGUGGGCGGCGCGCAGGGGCACCGUGAGGGGCUGGGGGCGUUCGGCCUCAUCAAGGACAACCACAGGGCCGUGGCCGAGAUGGGCGGCGGGCACGAAGGGCUGAUUGUGGAGGCGCGCCAGGCCGGGGGCUUCACGCGGAAAUUGGGCGUGGAGUGCGCGAGCGCCGAGCAGGCGCUGGAGGCGGCCAAGGCCGGGGCCGAUGUCGUCCUGCUCGACAACCUGAGCCCAGAGGAGCUGCACGCGGCGGCCGCGCGCGUCAAGGCCGCGCACCCGCGGGUGCUGGUGGAGGCAAGCGGGGGCAUCGGCCUGGAGAGCCUGGGCAGCUUCCUGGGGCCCCACGUGGACGUCGUGUCCAUGGGGUGCCUGACCCACAGCGCCCUCGCGCUCGACUUCGCCCUCAAGGUGGUGGGGAUGGGGAGUGGAAGUGAGGAAAAGUGAAAAUCCGACGUGGAAACCCCAAAAUUUCACCCAGAAACCCCAAAAUCCAGUGUAAAAUCUCGAAAAUCCAGCCUGGAAACCCCAAAAUCCAACCCGAAACCCUGGAGAUCCGUCCUGGAACCAAUAAUGUCCAACGUUGGACCUGUCAAACCUGGAACCCCAAAAUCCAACC